AGUUUUUCAGGGAACUUUGCAACUUUUGGCCCACUCAUCGUUCCUUCCCAUGGACGUCGGACCCUUAAGCUUGGGACUGAAAAGCUGUUUCAAUGGGUGAUGCCGGGUCGUAUAUCAUAUAUCAAGACUCAUCAAGCUUUCCGAUCAUCUCAUCUCACGCCACCCUCCUCCCUUCCGACAACAGCGUCGAAUUUGCUUGGGGCCAAACCUCUCCUGUCCGCUGUGCCUCUCGAUAUGGUCAAUUGGCAAGAUUCACAAGUGAUCGAGGACUGGAGCGCAGUUCUCGUCGAUAUCACCUUUGUCAUGCUAGGAUUAUACGGGUGUGUUUCUCCUUCAUGUUUCCACUGAAGCUUACACAGAGAUCGAUAUAUCAAAAGAUGGAGUUACAUGAAUUCCUGCCAGGUCGAAAGUGCUCUACUUCGUCGCCAGCUUCCAUUUCGAUGGCGAAUGGUUCCCUAUUUGAUCGGUCGGACGUGCUUUCUCGUGACUCUUAUACUCUCCUCCGUGACCAGCGUCGCCAUCCCGUCCCAUAUCGACUGCUAUUACGUGUUGAAAUUCCUGGCGUUCUCGGGUAAUAUCGUUGUGGCUUGUACAUCCACGAACCUUGUCAUCCGGACAUGGACCGUUUGGAAGACCAACCGUUUUGUCUGUCUGUUCAUGGGGCUGAUGACUCUAGGACACUGGUUCAUGAUGAUUCUAGACUCAAAAGAAACACAAAUCUCAUCAUCACCUCCAACUUCCGAAUUCUGCGGAUUCAUGAUUGUGAAUCCCACAUAUUCAGCUGCUACGUCCCUGUACACUACGAUAUUAGACUUUGUGCUCUUGAAACUGACGAUCUUCGGCUAUUGGCGCUCCUCGUCAUUGUCUCUCGUCACGAUCAUCCGUACCCAAGGCAUCAUCCUGUAUUUCAUUGUGUUUUUUGCUAGUGUCCUUCCGGCCAUAUUUUCUUGGUUGGACCUUAAUUAUAUUAUGAAUGUGUUCUUUGCUUGGCCUGGUACGUCCAUGUCGAGAUUCGAUCUUGUCUUUGAUGCUCACUGACGGGGAACUGUAGCAACUUGUGUCAUGUAUGACACCCCUUCUCUCCCUCUCCACAUCCACAUCCACUCACUUUUGCACAGGACGAUAGCAUCAAGCUACGCAGUGACUCCAACAUUCCCCACGCCUCAGAGUACAAGCCACAGAGCUCCUGUGAAUACGAUGGUGGAGAAAUCGAACGUGCGGAUUAUGAAUCCCGUUUUGUCUGAGUGAACACGGCAGGCGGGUUUUCGGUUUAGUUCGGUUGUGAAAAGAUAGUGUUGGAUUCGAUAGGGUGGGGAGGCUGUGCGUUGCAGGUCUUGUACUAUCCUAGUACAGCCUUUAAACAUGGUUUCUGCAACGCUCAUUAUGAUACCUUCAAGUUCUUGCUGCGACGUCGC